AUGCCGCCUGUCGCCACGGAGCCCAUUCGACCGGCGCAGGACGCCGUCCCCGACGAGCCCUCGAACGAGACGGCGGCGCUGAUCGAGGUCGCUGGCGCUGCUGAAACCAACAUGGUUGCAGAACAAGUGCCAGAGCCACACCCCGAGGUUGUGCCGAACAAAACCGAGACGCCAGCCGCUGACCGCAGCCCCGAGGAGGUGCCAGCUCCCGCUGCGCCGCCCUCGGAGACGGCACACAAGGAUGCCAUGGCUGCGCUCGUGGAGCAUUCGAAGGAGGUGUCGGAGACUACGAGCCAAGAAGCAGCGGCUGCGCUUGCGCAGCACUCGAAAGAGGUGUCGGCGAUCCACACCCAGGAAACCGCGGUGGCACUUGCCGAGCACUCGGAGGAGGUAUCGGCGAUCACUAGCCAAGAAGCUUCCGCUGCGCUGGCGCAGCACUCGAAGGAGGUGUCAGCGAACAACAGCCAGGAAGCGGUGGCAGCACUGGCGCAGCACUCGAAAGAGGUGUCAGCGGUCCGCAGCCAGGAAGCUGCAGUUGCGCUGGCGGCACACUCGAAAGAGGUCGCAGAGGCGACCAAAGCUGACGCUUUGCCGCAGGACUCCGCGGGGGCUGCGGUGGAGCCGACGGCUGCGCCCACCACUGUCGUGGCUGCUGCAGUGGCUGACGUGGCGGUCAUCGUUUGGGGUGACGAAGAGAGAAGCGUUGAUGUCAAUUCCCAUGUCUGGCUUGCGCUUGACCAGCUGAGCUUCGACAGCUUGCCAGAGAUCCUGGACAAGUUCACCAAGGAGGUGUCGGGUGUGGGCACCCCAAGCCAGGAGGCCACCGAGGAGAUCCUGGAGCCGAUUUCUCCAACGCAGGAUAACCUGCUGCCGCAGAUGCCGUCUACCUCCGUCGCUUCUGGGGACAUUGAGGUCGUCAUACCAGACGACGUCGUGCCAGGUGACACCUUCCUCGUUGUUCUUGACGACGGGAGGGAGCUGGAAGUGGGCGUGCCGGAGGGCUGCGGCCCGGGAUCCGUCAUCCUCAUCGGCACCGGGGAGCAAGAUGCAUCCCCUGCUGUGGUGGCCGACGAGGAGCCUCCUGUCGCAUCCCUGGGAGCACCGCCCCCAACCAGCACACAACCACCGACGCCUGCUGAGCCGGCUGCGGCGGAGCCUGCGCAGGCGUCUACCAAGGAGUCCGAGACGAUCGAGAUCGGCGUGACGGUUCCUGUCGGUUCGAAGGCGGGAGACACCUUCAAUGCAGAAUGGAACGGUCGCCCCUUCGAAGUAGUUGUUCCGAUUGGAAGCGGCGCUGGUUCACUGAUAACGGUGCAGGUUCCCUUGGAGCCCGAUGUGGAGGAUUGGGUCGUGACAGGCUCCACGAGCUCAAUGGGGCAGGACUCCGCGGAGUCUCCAAAGCCUUCGAAGCUGGUGGUGGUUCAAGAACCCAUCCCCGAGGUACCAAGAGAGACCUCGGAACCCGCUGUGGAGCCCGUGGCGGAGCCUUCAGAAACUCAGCAGCCGGCAGAAGCAACGAAGCCCCCCGAACCUCCGGCCAACGCAGCCGCGGAGCAGGUCGCCGAGCCAGCUCCGGUCCAAGAAGCUCCGGAGCCCGUGGCAGAGCCAGCGCCACCCAGCCCAGCGGAGCAGGCGUCUUCCGCCGCGCCCAUGCAGCGCAUGAGCGAGCUGAUCCAGAAGCAGCUGCAUCUGCCAGUCGAGGAUGGUGUGAGCUUGCCUGCCUUGGCGAGCCGCAAGUUGCUUGCUUCAAAGGCUCCCGUGGAAGAUCGUGUGCCCGAGUCUAUCUCCUACAUGAUACCAGCUGCUCAUGUGGAGGCCUGCCCUGUGUCUAGAUCGUCAGUGUUUUUCCACGCGCGCUCAGAUCUCAUUGAUCUGGAACAUGCCUGGUACCUGGCGAUCUCGGAGGCCCACGAGUAUUCGGCUAUUCAGUCUAUGUUGAGCGCAACAUCCACCAGGCAGGGCAAGCUGUACACGCCACUGAUCCCUUUGGUGCUGAUUGGUGUGGCACUUAUCUACGUCGGUACUGCACCGGCACGUGAUUUUUCCCAAGGUGAGGCGCAAGCGGUUUCCAAGAUCGAUUUCGCACUCCCAGCUGCGGUGUCUACUUCUUUACAGUCAAUUGCAACAAGGUCAACCCAAGAUCUCUGGGGAUCACAUGCCUUCUCCCUGGAAGAUGCUACAGCCGAACAGCUCGCUCAACGGAGAGCGAACGCUAUCUCAAAACUAUCAAAGAGGCUGACUGGCAACGUCCGUGCGAAAGACGAACUCGGACUUGCCUUACAACACUGGUGCGUCACUAUCGGUCAACAUUUGUUAGGAUUGAUCGGCCGCACCCGUGCUGUGUGUACCAAGAUCGACGAGGAUACAGCGCAGGCGGUUCAGGAAAUGAACGAAGCUCUGGUCCAUCAACCUUCUUCAACAUCCCUAGACAAAGUCUCCCUCGCUACGGCCUCGAUGGGCAUGUCUUGGACCGAGGUGCAGGAGACCGAGAUUCAACGAAUCGCAGCGGCACUUCGUGCUUUUGCCGUGGUACAGAGUCCGGGUACGGCAGCUGCAGGGAGUGGGCCACCUCGAACCGUACUUCCUGGAUCCGGUUUUGGCGAGGCUUCGACUGCCUUGCAAUUGACCCACGAGCACCUCACCACGGCUGCCGCUCCGGAGCAUCGAGGAUACGAUCGACAUUCCGAAGCCAGUUUUGGGUUCGCAGUCGAAAACGGAGCGGACCCAGUCGGCGAAGUUGCUGUCAGUGCCGAACAGGAUGCUGCCCUUCCCCUCAGCACCGACACCCAGGCUGCCGAGGUGCCGUCAGAGACUUGCCUUCAGGACCUCCACGACGGCCUGCGCGAUGUGCUUUAUCGGGCAAGACAGUUCCCGGUUGUCUUGUCCAAGUUGCCGCAGGGUAUCCUAGAAUGGCUCUUUCCGGAGCAACUGGUCGAGAUGGGAGGUGCUUGCUUAGGAUACCUCCCCACUGUGGCAGAUCUAGCCCAUGUUCGUUUUGUGGAAGGGCCAGUCAUCCGCAAUGAGCUCUACCUUCUGCAUGCUGAUGAUCGUGCACAUGGUCAUUUGUUGUUUCUUCAGGUUUGCGAGGCGUUGGGCGUUCAAGCCUCAGCUUGGCAUUGGCAUCGGAUAGUUGAGACCCUGCCGUCAUUGCCACCUGAACAAUAUGUGCUGCUGCCUAACAGCAUGCCAUGGCAUCGUGUGCUCAUGCCUGUGGAUCUGCGGCCCCUUGGAGGCAGCGUUUCUCUGGUUGCUACGGAGCGCAAUCAGCCUUGUGGCAAUAUCGUUGCUGACGCAGCGGCACAACAGCAGCUUUCUAUUGCUGAACAGGACUUCUUGUGUCGCACAUGUGGAGCUUGGUUCGUGCCCCAGGCCUACACCAGCAUGUUGCCUCGGGGAGAUACCCUGCAGGCAUGGCCCGUCCAACGCGACCGAGCCUCAGCCCGCACUGAGCAUGGAGGCUCCCUAUCUCCAAGAUUGUCUCUGGAAGAUGUCUUUUCCACCAGCCUCUCGUUACCGAGUCCUGUCGCUUUGGCCUUUCAUGAAGAAAACGGCGCCAACGCGGUUGUCCUUUACACCCAAGGUCUCCACUACACUUUUGCGCCUGUCUACGCCGACCACCUUUCCAUUCGCUCCACCGUUAUGGGGAGCUUCAUGCACGAGGUGACAAGUGGGGGACUUGAAUUUAGUCAUUUCGCGAGGAUCCUACCCCCCCUUGACCGCUUGCCAGCCAUCCAAUUUGUGGCGAUGCAAUGCACUGUCGGGCAGUUUCCAGGGGUCAUUGACUUCCGGCCCUUGGGUGGCGGCCUUGUCGUCGGUGCCAUGGCGCGUGAUUCCCCACCGGCCACCAGGCUUAAGGAUGCUGUGGCUUCUUACGGCGAGCCUGAUGCAAGCACCUCUGUCAUGAGCUCCCUUGCCACCGGAAGUCUCUGCGUGAUACAUCGGGAAUGUGUGGUAGAUCCAUACUCUCCCUUGCAUGCAGCAGUGCCGGCCCCACUUGUUAUUGUGCGAAGGCACCAACAUGGUGUGCGUGAUGAGCUCGCUUCGCCACCUUCGGCUGGUUGGCGACCCACCCUUAGUGUGGCUGUUUGCAUCGGGUUGUCGAACCUUCUCGGUGGCCGUGGUCUUCUCUUUGGGCUCUUUUGGGGUGCAAGCAUUGCCACCUUCUUACCUCCCGCCGACCCCUUGCAGGAGGGUGCUAUCCCCAUCUCUCAGGAGCCAAUCGAUGGUCCUCCGCACAGCCCCGAAAACAACCUGGCAAGCAUCACUGAACACCACAAGUUGGCACAACGCUUGCAAGUCUUCGGAGACUGGGAACAUGUGGAUGUUCGCUGCAGCCUAGGCCUCGCACAUUCACCGCAUGCCUUGCUCCGGGCCAGCGGAGCCGCUGGUCGUAAGUUCCCGGUACCAGUCCUGGCCUCCAUGAACUCCCGGUAUGUUGCCUUCGUCGCUCCUGCCAGGGCCAACACAUUCUGGAGGCUCUUGUACUGCUCCAUCCAGGACGCCCGUUUCGUCUUGGCGAAGGCACGGUUUUCCCUCUUCGCAAUGGCGAUGUUGUGGUUGCCCAUGCCGGGACAGCUGGAAACUGGGCUUCGUGAGUGGUAUGGCCCGACCCGGUGCGGCGCCGCUGGCCUUAUCCGUUUGCCUGUCGCCUACCCGGUGGUCGACCUGUAUUGCUUGCCCUGCCACCGAUUUAGCACCCUCACGGUACUGCUGUCGGAUACUGCUGAGUGUGACUUCCGCCCAGUGGUGCACUCCGUUUCCACUGGCUCCCAGGAGCCUCCUGAGUUGUCGCAUAUCACUCAGGUACCAUCUGCGCUGAGGGGAUUCUGGGUAGAUGUCAUGUGGAGACGCCCUGUCAUUCUGCGGCAUUUUCUGCUCACCGAUUCCCAGACUAGGUCAGGCCAGGCUUUUCUGUUUGUCCACCUGGGUCUGGAUUUUUGCCGGGCAUAUGAUCAGGGAUGGCGUAUCAGUCAGGUACAUGGACAGUCCAUUGUCUGGAAGUGGCCUGGCGAAGUCUAUUCGCUUGCAGGCGAAUGUGGACAUCUUCUGCAUGAUGGUCAGGAUCCUUUCGUGUGUGACGCGAGCCGGGAUACGUCUGCGGCUAUCCAGCAUGUCCUGCAGCGUGCGACCACACAACUUCCCGUCGGCUCUAUCGGGCUGCUAGCUGGCGGCACAGGGGCCGGGGCCGCUCCUCGCCAUCUAUCAUGCUUCCGCAUCUUGGCUCUGCUUCUUCUCAGCACUCCUUUUGCCGCAGGGACGGCGGAUGUCUCCUCGCCUGAGCCUGAGGAGCCGUCAGUCACACCUGUGCUUGACUCUACCCCGGCAUCUACACUUCGUGUCAAUGUCUGGUCGCCUUUUCAAGGCCCCUCCACCUUUGAUGUUGCUAAAGCUGGGCCUCUGUCCACUUUCUGA